GGAAGUGCGUUGCAUUCUGGGAGCUGUAGUUCAUGACGUCUUUUCCUGUGUGUUCCGGUGGUACUUCUGUCAAAAUGGCUCGUUCAAUAUCCAUUCAUUUAGCUGUUUUAUCUUCUGUAUAUUUCCUAUUAAUUGCAAGAUUUGUAAAUUGCAACAACGGCAGACGGAUUGGAGACACUUUAGACGCUGAAUUAAGUGGGUUUUCGGUCCCACUUGAACAUUCAUUUGAAGUCGAUGAUAUAACAAACUUUCGUGUGCGAGGGUCUUUGAUUUUAAAACCUGGACGAGAGCAGAGCGUCUCCCUUUCUCAAAACCAGCUUUCAGAGGAGGACAGAAUCAAACUCAAGGAGGUGGCAGCAGUGGAUGGUCUGUAUAAGAUCCGAGUGCCUCGUGUUUCACUGCAGUCUGAUAGAACAGAGCGGCAGAUGGAGGGGCACCUCACAGCCUUUGUCAGAGCUUGUGCGAUGGUAGAGUCCCACCUUAGCGAUGUCCUGACGCUGCACACGGAUGUAUCGGGCGUCCUGAUUGGAGUUUCCAUAGUGACGGUUCCUGGCGCGUGCAAAGGGACAGAAGUGGAGGACGAGGUUGAUCUGGAGAUUUUCAACACCACCCUGACUGUCAUGGCCCCUCUCAGCGCUCCCGGGCCAGAAACUGCGCUCUUCCUGGAACGCUUGGAGCAAGAAACUGAGAAGAAAGGCAAGAAUCCUCAGGAGCAGAAAUCUUUCUUUGCCAAAUAUUGGAUGUACAUCGUGCCGCUCGUUCUCUUCCUGAUGAUGUCAGGAGCUCAGGACCAAUCAGGAGGCGGCGCUGGAGGUGGAGCAGCCAAUGGGGGAGGCCGAUGAAACGCUGCAAGAACGGAAAAAUGGGGAGUCUGUGUUUGUAUAAAUGACUUGAAGUGAGAACAUGGAAUUUCUUGAUAGUUUUGGCACAAUUACAUCUGUUGACUUUAUACACCCAAAAUACUCCUUUCCAUAUAUUUCCCAAUCUUAAAGGAAGUUUAUGUUGUCUGUUCUUUCUGUUUAAAAGAAGAAAAAUACGACAAUCCCAACUGUAGGUGCGGGGUUUUAGGUAGUGACCAAUCAGAUCAGAGAGUCUUUUUAGGUUUAAAACAGCUGGAUUUCAGCAUUAAAACUGGCAACUCAAAUGAGACUUAUGUGAGGCUCAAUCUGCUUUCUGAUUUUUUUGUUUAAAGCCAGACAGACAUACAAGUUAAACAUUUUAAAGACAAGAUUGUAGGUCCAAGACAUAGUAACAACAAGACAUACUGAUUGAAAUAACAAGACAAGACAUAAUGGGACAGCUUGUAGACAAGAUGAGAAAAAAUCUAAAACAGUCACUUGUGGUUUAUUUUUGUGUGUGCGCGCGUGUGUGUAGUUAAACAUGUUGAAGUUAAAGAGAAAAGAGAAAGGGCGUCCAAUGUUUUUCCAAUAAAUCAUUACAUUGUUAUUGGUAAACGUUACAUUUGAUUUGAACAGGUUUACCUAAUAUUGGGGAACAUAAAUAGGUCGUGUUCAUGAAAUUUGAACUACAAAGUCUACAUACCCUCACUUUAAGAUCAACUGAAGACUUGCCAAAAUUAUUUGAAUUGAAUUUGAUUGGGUAAUUUCAACAAACAUAGAUGCUCCCUGUUGUGGAUGUUUUCAUGUGAUCUGCUGUACAUAAUGCUAUCUGUGAAUGGAGUCUAUAGAACAAGGCAAGUGUCAUGCCUCAAAUGACUGUUUUAAUACAACUAAUAAAAUAUUUAUUACAAUCUGAU